UCACAUUUCCAUUACAACUUAAAGUAGUGGGGGAAGAGAGAGAAACUCAAAAUUCCAUUAUCAUUUUGAGAGAGAGAAUAUCGAACCACCACCACCGCCACCGCCAUGGUUAAACCUUCCCACACCUCUAAGCCACACCAAAGAACAACCUCCAUCCUCUUCUCUCCAAAGCUCUUCAUCUAUCUCCUCUCCAUCUCCGCCGUCCUCUUCAUCUUCUUCCACAUCCAAUCUCUCCACCGCCAUGUCCCUCCGCCCCCACAAAACAACCCCUCCUCCUCCUCUUCCGCCGUCGCCAAGCUCCGCCGCUCCGUCACCUUCCUUCCCCUCAAAGACUUGCGUUACUCCCACAAACCCCUCGAGGGCCACACGUGGUUCAUGAGCUCCAUGUAUGACAUUCACGAGGACGGCGAGGUUCAAUUCCAGCAAUUCCCCUCGCCGGCCGCUGACGGCGAUGCCCGGCUGUUAUGCCUUAAAGGCAACGACACCCACGACGGCUCUUGGAACUAUUACGCCGUGGCCUGGCCGGAAACACUGCCGGAAAAUGCCACGGUGAUGAAAGGCCUGAGCUUUGUGUCUUAUAAUCAUUAUAAUUAUGAUAAUAUUUGGCAUGGCUUGUCUGCUCUCAUGCCCUUCGUUGCUUGGCACCAAAUUCAAGGAAAGUGUGAAAUCCCGGAGAGAUGGAUACUAUAUCAUUGGGGGGAGUUGAGGUUGAAGAUGGGAACAUGGGUUAGGACAAUAAUGGAGGUGACCUUCGGAGGGCCGCCAAAGAUUGAAGCUUUUGACGGUAUCGGUGAGGGGCAGCCGGUUUGCUUCGAGAAGGCAGUGGUGAUGAGGCACAACGAGGGUGGAAUGUCAAGGCAGCGUCGGAUGGAGACUUAUGAUCUCAUGAGAUGCAAGGCUAGAUUGUUUUGCAACUUCACCUCAUCGGAGCCAUCAGUGGCGACGGUUGGGAUGACGUUGUUUAUGAGAACUGGAGCUAGGUCGUUUAAGAAUGAGACGGCGGUGGUGGAGAUUUUUGGGGCAGAAUGUAAUAAAGUCACCGGUUGUCAGCUUAGGGUGGCUCAUUCUAAUAAUCUCACGUUUUGUGAGCAGGUAAGUUUAAUGGGGAAGACAGACAUAUUGGUGUCCCCACAUGGAGCACAGCUGACAAACAUGUUUCUAAUGGAUAGAAACAGCAGUGUAAUGGAGUUCUUCCCAAAAGGUUGGCUUAAACUUGCAGGCAUUGGCCAGUUUGUGUACCAAUGGAUGGCAAGCUGGUCUGGAAUGAGGCAUCAAGGUGCUUGGAGAGACCCUCAUGGCUUAACCUGUCCCUAUAACGAAGAUGAUCGUCGCUGCAUGUCCAUCUUCAAAGGUGGCACCAUCGGAUAUAAUAGAACGUACUUUUCAGAGUGGGCUAAGAAUGUUCUGAAUGAGGUGAAGAUAAGGAAGAUGAAUGAAGCAGCACACGCCACUGCAAAUCAUGUUCAUGAAUGUUCUUGUAACCAAUAAUGAUUUUUUGCCCAAUUUUAGUGUUUUUUUUUUUUUUUUUUUUCUAAUAAACAGUU